AUGGUGACCAAGGACAUUCUUAAUCAAAUCUUUCGCUUGAAACAUGAGACGCCAAGUAACUGUCAAGAUGCAGCAGUUAGCUGUAAGCUAGCGACUUUUUUUGCGGCCUUUGCGACGUCUUUGAAGGCAACAGGAGGUCAAGAACUGAAGUGUAGCCAUGUAGAACCUCUCACGGACGACCGAAUUGUUGCAGCGUCCCUCUUUACAACUCAUGAGAUUCAUGUGCUACAACAAUUGGCUCAACGUCUCACAACUUUGGGAGGAAGACACGAGAGAGGUGACGUUUGGUACGACCCAUGGCUUCCAAUGUAUGGAUGCGUGUUACAGCGAACCAGUUUAUGUAACACUAGAGUCAGGAUUGAAGUGGUGUUUGUCGACGGCUGGGAGCGCACGCUACACUUUUUGCCAUCUGGAGACUGCGUGCAUAGUGCAGUUUCUAAGACACAACACGUCUUGCAUUGCGCAGAUUUGGACACGAAAUCAGAGGCCGUAUUUUCUGAAAAUUUUCCGAUCAAGCUGCGCGAAGCACAGAAUUGCAAAGGGUCUGACAGAAGUGCAGCAAAAAACAAAUUGGGACACCAAAAGACCCCACAGUUUAUUGCUGCAGUGGUGAGGCGUACCGUCAAUUCAUUAGGGAAGGAGGUUAAUGAUGUCGCUUUGAGCGAUGGUCCUAGAGGAGGCACAACUGAUGUGGGGCUACAUACCGGAGGGCAAGCGCGGGACACUUGUUGGGCAGUCGUUCAAGCUGUGAUUGCACACAAUCUUUGCUGUGAACCGGGUCUGUUUCGAAAGACUAUGGUUGCAAUGAAGCUGAAGCUGCUUCAAGGGAAAGUGACGGACGCUGAGAGAGAUUUUAGUCAGAUUAAUCUGAAAACUGGAUGCACGUCCGUGGAUGAUCUGGUUUUCAUGUUGCAAGUUAUCGUCGAAAACAUUGUCGAGCUGUUUGAGUGUGGGUACGACGUCUCAUCGCUUGAGGAGCAAUGUCGUAGCUUACGCUUGAAGAUUGAUGGGUUUGUUGACGUCCUGAACCGCCAGACUGCAGAGAAAUAUUGUUUGCCGAGAGACAAUGAGCUAAAUGAACUUACCAAGUUAAGUUGUGGUGCAAAGAUGAUAGUUCCAAAGCGAGUAAGAAAUGCUGACAACGAUGAGAGUAAAGAAGAGCGUCGUCAGCGAGCAUGGAAUUAUUUGAAGGGGUGCUUUUUUGUACAUGGAGCAUCGUGCUCCCUAAACGAGGUGCUUCAAUGGAGCAAAAACAACGAUUUUCCAGCGUCCUACAAGUGCAUUCUGAUACUGCGAACGUUUGAAGCUUUUAUGUUUGAGAAAGCGCUGCAGCUUAAUGGUGACGGUGCCUGCAAUCAAAGAACUGGAAAUGAUGCUCUAAAUUUGAAGAUGAUGCAAACACUUGUUUCACAGUACGGUGCUGUUGUGAGGUCAUGGCAAACACUGCCACGAAUGACGUCCGUCCUAGAUGUGGAGCAGCGCAGUCGCGAAAUGUUGGUGGUGUGGAUUGCGUUUUGCAUUGUUCAUCAACAAUGCGUGAGUGAAGUCCCAUUGUGCGGUAGCUACAAUAUUUCACUCGAAUGGAGAGACCUCAAGGUAGCAGUUUUAAGUGAUCAAGCAGCCAUUUCUGCCCUACAGCACGUUGCACAGUAUAUUCGCACGUGGAACAACACUACCCAAAGGCCACCCUUAUUCCACUUGACGAACCAGGAGCCAACUUUUGAUUUUGGUCUAAGAUAUGGACUCAAUAGCACCAAUAUGCUGGAAAUGCACCGUUGCGAAAACAAGAACUGGGAAGCUCGUGUGAAAGCCAAGUGGAAUAAAGUUAUAACGAAGAAGAGAAGGGCUGUGGAGCUUCGAGCAGAAAUUUCGCGUCUGAAUGUAAAUCUGUCGUCAAACAAAUGCCAGCUUGCAAGUGAGGACGAGCGUCUACGCCAAGAGAAGAGUUAUCUUGGCUAUCGUGAUCGUCAAAGCCAUCUGAAAACGCAAUUGAUGAACGACAUCAAUCAAAUUGAGUGUAGAAUUAGGACAAAUGAACGAGAGCUGACCAGCACUCUUGAUGUUCCACGCUUUUUGAGACGACCGCUUCCCCCAGCAAGAGAUGAUGCGAUUCAAGUAAUUUUUAUGUUGAUCAUGCCACGCAACAUCGAAAUUUUGGGUAGCUUAUGCUUAACUGCACAGCGUUCACUUACCCCAAGAAACGCAACGGGAGCUUUGCCGACUUUGAGCUCAACAACAUGGCAAGAGUUUUAUUCGCAAAAUGCACCAACUAAAGCAUUACGCGCUACCAGCAAAGUGUUCACACCGAGCCCUGCUCCAUUUUCUAUUCCAAGUUCGUGCGGACCCAUUACGGUAGACGAUUUGUACAAUAUUUCUCAGUACAGGUCUGAAUGUGUUUGGAAUCCUACCUUCGCUGGAACGGCUCUGACGUGGGUGGAUGCUAUCGGUAUGAAGGUCAACCCUUUUGACGUGUUGCAGUCGAGCGUGAUCACCACUUUUAUCGAGAAGAUGCCCCAAUCGCUCAACCAUAUCCAGUGGAUGAAUGAUUGGCCUGAUGAAGGGGGCAUUCGUGGAAACAUGGUGUAUGCCAACCUUCAUCAGCAACCUAAAGAUUUUGAAAGGGUGUCGUUCAUUGUUCUCGGAUCGUUACGUGCGUUUCCGAACCAACAAUUUCGAAAGCUUCACUGGGCUCUACUCGAGGAUGUGCUUCCGUGGUCGAAUCUGUGUGUAGAAAUGAUCGUGCGGCAGUCGCUUUACCAAGUGGGAACACUCACUGACGAACUCAAUCCUCACCUUCUUUGGAAGUCUGACAUGUUUAAUGGUGACAGGGGCUUAGAAUCAUUCUGCGUGACGCUUGAAGGAAUUGCCAGCAAAAUUAGACAGACACCUCGUAAUUUCGAAUCCGUCCCGCUUCUGAGUGAGCUAGCAGGUUUUACGUCGCAGUACUGGUAUGAUGCAAGAGUAGUUGUGAAGAUGUUUGCAGGGAUGGCAAGACGCUGGGCGAAGGAUGCGCGCGUUGAAUACGAGCAAGAAUCUUCGCCUUGCCGGAUUGCUGAAAUCCGACGUAAGGAAUGCGUUUUGUAUGGUUUUGCGCUGCUGUCUUAUAGUCUUGGACCAUGGAACGACGAAGCAGCUCAAGAAGUUUGUGAGAUGAUUGUGUUAUUUCGCACUUCUUUUCUUUGUGCAAGCAUUAACAUGACUCCUACCAAGGAAAUGAUGUGUACAGAAAGCAAGAUUGCUGAGACGAUGUCCCGCAGAGUGUCGGAGCUUAUUUCUUACGUACAAAAUCACGAUAUUGAUACAAUUCUGACUGGCUUAAUGCGCUUGGUAAGUGCAACAUCUCCUGGACAAUUGAAAUGGAGACAAUUUAGCGAGCUACCGGAGAGCGGGCAGUUUGGUAGCUGCUUUGAAGCAUCCGAUGAGUCAACGAAUGUGCACUAUUCAAUCAACCUGUUCACGGGCAUCGUUCUUACUGACGGAUAUGCUCCUGGAGGACUUCCAUUCGAAAUUCGUGAGCACAAGAGCUUUCAAUCUCUGUUUGGGAACUCUAACUUUGAAGUUUUCUCUACAAAUGGAGUUCUCCGACUUGAACGAAAGUACGUCGAUCGCUUGUACGACUUUGCACUGGAAGCAGGAAGCGAGCUUUUUGUCCAAGAACUAACUGUAAACGCUGAUGGCGACGUCGUUAGAACGCUACAAAUAUGCGCCGUCAGUUGGGUUGAAGCGUUAAGCGAACAAUUUCCAGCUCAAUUGUGGGAAUUGUACUCUCACUGGUAUUGGGUAGAGCAGAACUGUGUCCUCUUCCGACCAAAGGAGGCCAAACAUCGUGAGGUGUAUUUUAUUGCUACAUUUGAUGACAGCGAUACUUUGCAAUGCUAUAAAAUACCUUUCAACGACAUCAAGCGUCCGUACGACGAACUCAUGAGUGAUCUUACGGACUACGACCGGUUUGUUGCUCAAGAAGAAUCUCUUGUCGAUGUUCUUAGAGUGUUGACAAAGUUUGAGGAUGCACAGUUUCUUCAUUCAUUGAGAUCUUCUAAAGGCGUACUGAUGAUUGAGCUCCCUCGGUUCAAGCUGACGUUUUACCUCAACAGCAACAUGCAAUUUGAAUCUGUGGAGAACAAAGGCUAUAUCUUGGCAAAAACGCAGCAGUUUAACGAUUUUCUACCGAGGUUCAGGCGAUACCUGCUACUCGACCUGAAAGACAAGUCGGACAUAUCACGACCAGAACUGCGUAUGCUCGUUCCACUUGGUCUUGUCGAGGAAUCUUCGGAUGGUAUGGUUGAUAUCAGGAUUGAUAGUAAUGCGAGUACUCAACUGGAUGUGGCAUGUUAUGAUAUUCACCGCCGUUUGAAGACGUUUGAAACUGAGACGAUUGGUGCGAGAUUGCAGUUAGCUGCAGUGUGUGCUCGAGCUGGAACGAAUGUACCAAGCAAGCUACUGAACAUGACUGGCGAAGAGAUGACGGCACAAAUUUUACGAGCAUGUAGGUCAACUCGACCCUUUUCUGCCUCGGAAAGAGACGCCUUGCUGUCUAUCUACAAGUUGAGUUACCGCGAACCAGUGGUGAAAAUUCUGGUUGUAGCGUUGCUCACUGAGGCUGACCGGCAAGCGUUUCUCUUUGGACAAACGGAGACAAGCAGUACGAUUAAUACACAGAUGGGAAGCAGUGACGAGAAAACAGAGUACGCAGAUAUGUGUAUGAGGCAAGUCCAGCGCAACCCAUUGCGUGCACAACUUCGUAACGACGAGGAAAGAAUCAUUCUUGGACACGUGCGGCAUCUGUCAGCAUUGACUUCAACUAAAGAAGUUGAAUUGUCCGAUUCACUUCCAGUAACCGACGACUAUGUGAAGUCCAUCGAAAAAGAGCUUCAGUUUUUUCUUCAGAUUGAGGCUGACACAGCGAAAAAAGUCCCGCUACUACCGCUGGAUAGCAGUACGAAGAACACGAUGGGCAGAGAAAUGCUGCAAGAGCUGCAAGUGAGCUGGAAUAGCUACCACUCGCAGAUUGAGCCGAAAUUAAAGAAUGAGCCCGGCCUGCUACUCGGCUCGUUUGAGACGCUACUGAGUGAUGUAUCAUCUCAACGUGCAAAAAUGGAAACGUAUCUGUGGGAGUCCUAUACAAAGGCUACGAGCAGUACCCGUGAUCGACUUCUAAGCCUUGCCAACUUUGUGCCGGUACUUACUGUAUGUGAUAUUGUCCGCUGUGGUUUUGACGAAGAAACACUACACACACUAGUGCCGAAGUUGAGUGAGAAAUCGAGAAAGGUGUUCUCACAAGGUAUUCUCCAGUACAUGGAGCUGUGUGUACUAGAAGAUAAAGUAAAGAGGCUGAUCUGGAUAGCGAGUCGCAGUGGUGAGCUAUCAGACGCUCAACUGAUUGACGAACUUGCGAACAUUCGUCAGUGGGAAUCGACGGAAUUUCCAUACUGGUUGGCGUUUGAAGUGGAGGGUAGACUUCAGAUUCGACACGAACAGUUUGUGAUUGCUCGCCACCUCAUUGAUCGCCAAGGAACAGUUUGCCAGCUUAACAUGGGGCGUGGUAAGACCAGAGUAAUCUUGCCGAUGCUGUUUCUCUAUUUCACGCGCCGUCGUUCCACGCGAGUUGUUCGUGCGCACUUUUUGAGCCCAUUGCUAAGCGAAGCAAGACAAUUCAUGCACCGAUACUUGUCGGCAACUAGUGCUCGCCUAGGUGUGUUUGAACAACCAUUCCAUCGACAGGUCGAACUGAAUUCUUGCAGGCUUGAGUUAAUGCGUGAUACCCUUGACGAGUUGAAGCUUUUCGGAGGCAUUCAAAUGGUAGCCCCGGAACAUCGCAUGUCACUAGAACUGAAGCGUUUGGAGAUGGGCAAUGAUAAACCUAUGGUGGAGAUGCUGGACAAAAUCCUUGACAGCGACCAGUUUGUGGAUGUUAUGGACGAGUGUGAUGCACUGCUUCACCACAAGUAUCAUUUGGUGUAUGCGGUGGGUGUUCCCAUUCCACUUGAUAGUGGAGUGGAGCGUUGGAUGGCUGCAGAAGCGCUACUGCGAGUUGUGGCGGACACAUCCUCUAACUCUCGAGUACGUAAGGUAUUACAAGCUCCACAUGUGUCUUGUAUUUCGCUGGACUACGCCACGCGCUUGGGCUCAUACGAGGGCACUCGCCUGAAUACCGUUGUGGAUAGCACUGAACUGUUGCGAGAUGAACUUAAAGAGGCAUUGGUACUAGAUCUCAUUGAUUCUGCACCAUUUGAAUUGAUGUGGCUAAACGCCUUUGGUAGCAGUACUGCUCGUCAAGCGAUCGUCACCGCAAUCAGUGAUUCAAAAGUGAGUGUACAGGACGCUCUCGGGGAUCACAUAUUAAAGCUUGCACUUUACACAACUCAGCUGUUAGCGUUAAGAGGUCUCGUAGCAUUUGGUGUGUUUGAACACUGCAUGGAGAAACGCUAUCGAGUUGAUUUUGGCCUUCCAGUUCCAGGCACACGACAGAAGAAAAUCGCAAUUCCUUUUCGUGCCGCGGAUGUGCCUUCGGAGCGAUCUGAAUUUAGCCACCCUGACGUCUGCAUCGUGCUCACACUACUUGCGUAUUAUCACAAUGGCAUGACAAAAGAAGAGAUUAAACAAACGUUUCAGCUACUGUUGCGGUUGGAUAUCUCGGAGCAGAAUCGACAAUACAAUCGAUGGUUUGAUAGUGUGAAGCUUGGCUUGAACAACGAUGAUCGGAUGGCUCUUUCUGAUGUCCGCCAUAUAAGUCUCGCCGAUGCUCGACAGUUUGAGAUGCUUUAUAGAGUCUACAAAUUCUGCAUGGAGGCGAUUAACUUUUACCUCAAUACGUGUGUAUUUCCAAACGAUACUCAGCAGUAUCCACAACGGCUGUCACGAACGGCCUGGAACCUUGCAGCAGGCGAUCACAAUAUCGGGUUCUCGGGUACGAACGACAAUCACCGUUUGCUUCCACUUUCAGUGACGCAAAAGGAGCCAAAUGAGCCUUCACUGCUGGGAACGAAUGGAAAGAUGAUUGACAAGAUUCUGCAGGUGACACACAGUUACGAGGUGGUAACAACGAAUCCAGAACGUGCACCAAUUCCAUGGCAAAGUGUUCUUCUCUUUGCACUGAACAAGAAAGCGCAGGCUCUUAUUGAUACAGGGGCGCUUCUUGCCGGAGUAAGUAAUAACGGCGCAGCAGAUUUUCUUUUGCAACAACCUGACUUUGACUUUGCUGGAGUGACAUACUUUGAUAGUAGAGGAGAUCUCAACUGCUGGAUGAUAGCCGAAAAAACUCGACGAAUCAAGGUGCCUUUGAAAAAAGCGUCGAUGCUCGAGAAGGAGACGUUUGUGAUCUUUGACGAAGCUCGCUCGCGAGGAUCCGACAUGAAGCUACUACCGAAUGCUGCUGCCGUACUGACACUUGGACCAAAACUUACGAAGGACAAAUUAAUGCAAGGAGCGGGACGAAUGCGGCAGCUUGGAUGUAACCAAACGCUAUGGAUUGCAAGUUUUGAUGAGGUUGCACAGAGUAUUCUUCAGACGAGUGGUCAGCAAAAACUAUCCUGUAUUUCUGCAAUUGAUGUGCUAAAUUGGGUCAUGGAUAACACGAAAGCAGAGGCUGUGCGUGGGCUGCUCGAGUGGGCAGGUAAUGGUAUACAUUUUCGCGAGACCCAGUUACACCAUGACAAAGAAUUGGUUGACGAGAAUUGGUCUUUGGAGACACUAUAUCAAGAGAAGGUGUAUGCAGAUCAAAUUGCUCGAGUGAUUAAGUCGAAGGCAUGUUUGUAUUUGAAAGAGUGUGUGGAUGCUUUGGUUGAUCAAAUUUGCCGUAGAGGAUUUGUGUACGGUAUUGACGAUGUAGUGUGUAUCAGUUCACACACUGAUGAGUGUGAACGUGAGUUGCAAGUGGAAGAAGAGAUUCAAGUGGAACCCGAAGUUGAGCAUAUGACGUGUUUGCCCAGUAAAGAGAAGGUGUGGAAGUAUGCAAAUAUCCUACAUGCUACAUCCGUUGAAGACCUUCAUGACGAUAUACAAGUAAUGGAAAUGACAACCUUUAUCCGUCAAUGGAUUUCACCAAAAGAGUUGACGGAUCUAGCGUGGACAAAGUCACGUAUUUAUGGGACGGAGAAUUUCUUUUCGACGAUCAAGGCUCAAUCUAGUCUCGAUCGUCUGAAUGUAUACCUACGUCGGAUUGAUGUUGUCUUGGUGUUUCAGAAUGAUCAAAUUUUACUAGUCUCCGAAUGUGAAGCUGAUCAUAUUUUGGCAUUACUGUGGUCUUAUCAAGAUCAUGAUGAAGCAAGAAGUUGUGGAUUUAGUUUUAUGAAUUAUGCUUUUGGGUUGCAUCGUGUCGUUUAUGGUGAUGAAGAGAUGAGAUUUCAAGAGAUUGACUUGGUCCGUGGUUGUCGACUGAAUCGAAAAGUGCCACGAUUAGCAAUUAUUGCCUGUCAUGUUUACAAUGGAGAGACAAUGGUAGAAACGAAUGAAGAAGCGGUGGAAUGUCUGUUUCGUGCGUUUCUUGCUCCACUUGCUCAACCCCUUCGGUAUGUGGUGGAUGAUGCUACGACAAUUCGUCAAUGUGGACGAGCAAAUCCGCUUUUUCAUGAUCGGAUGAUCCCAAUUCAUGUUUUUACGAUCCAUGAAAUGGAUGUGCUACGAGAAAUUUGUGACCGUUUGAACAAACACCCAUGGAAGGAUGAUAUCUAUGAUCGAUGGGAUAUUUGCUAUGAGCCAUGGCUACCUGAAUAUGGCUGUGUAUUGCAACGAACAAUGAUCAAUGCAGCAAGUAUUCAAUUGGAUGUCAUUUUUCUAGACGGAUGGACGCAAACACUGCAUUUUCUACCAACGGGCAAGUGUAUACAUAGUGCAAUGUCCAUGACAAAUAAGCACCAAACAAUAUGUUGUGGCUACUUGGAUACUGCGUUCGAGAAAGAAUUUGAUGCAGCUUUUCUCAAGAAAUUGCAUGCUGCUCAAGUGAACAAAGGAUCGAAACGGAAUGCUGGAUUCAAUACGUUAGGACAUCAAAAGACACCACAAUUUAUUGUUGCAGUCGUGCGUCGUGCUAUUGCUGCAGCAAGUAAGACCAGGUCAAAGGGAGAAGAAGAAGACAGCUAUAUUGAUGAACGGUUUUUUCCUCAAGGAGGAACAACAGAUGUGGGACAACAUACGGGAGGAAACCCACGUGGUACAUGCUGGCCAAUAGUUCAAGCAGUGAUUGCGGAGAAUCUUUGUUGUGGUCAAGGAUUUUUUCAAAAGAUAAUGGUGAUGUUUCAGCUAAGCUUACUUCAAGCAGCUAUGCUUGAGACGCAGAGUGCAUUUGGUCGUGGGAUAGAUCUUAAAGACGGUUGUGACGCUGUGGAUGACCUGUUUUCCAUGCUGCAAGUCGUCAUUAAGGCCACGGUUGAUCUUCUUGAGGGUGGAUAUAACAUCUCAGAAGUGCAUGAUCAGUGUAAAUAUCUGCGAAGUAGUAUUGAUGGUUUGGUGGACUGCCUCAACGACAAGACCGCAAUGUGCUAUUGUCUGCCAGAUCCUGCCAAGAUGCAGCAACUUCACACACUUAACGGUGGUAUUAAAGUCGAGUCACCAAGACGUGAACAAGUCGUGAGCCCUGAAGCAAGCGACGAGAAACGUCACCUCCGUGUAUUAACAAAUCUGGCAGGAUGCUGGUAUCUUGAUGGGGUUACGUGCAGUCUGAAAGCGUUGCUUUCUUGGGAAAAGUCUAGCGGUGCUUCAAAAUCAUACAAGUGUAUUCUGGUAUUAAGGACGUUUGAAUCGUUCAUGUUUGCAAGAUCUGCCGGCUUAAGCGGUGAAGAUGUCUACAAGAAAUCGUGUGACGAUGAUGAGAAUUUCAUUGAAAAUAUCAAGAUGUUUUCUACAUUAUAUAAGGAAAAUGUCUGUGCGUGGCGUCAGAUUCCACAGUUGACGUCCAUUUUGGAUGCAGAACAACGCAGCCGAGAGAUGCUAGUGAUGUGGAUUGCAUAUUGCUUCGUUCACCAGAAAUGCGUGGACCAAGUCCGCUUUUGCGCUGAGUACAACAUUGCGCUUAAUUGGCAGGACCUGAAAGUAGCAGUUUUAAGUGACCGUGUUGCUAUAACUGCACUUCGGAGUGUGAGCAAGUACAUUCGGGGGUGGAACGAAAAAACUCGAGGACCUCAACUAUUUCACUUGACCAACCAGGACCCGACGUUUAGUUUUGGACAAAGGUUUGCUCUGAACAACAGCAUUAUGAUGGAUAUAUACAACCGAGACGUUGCAGCUUGGGAACAGCAUGUGCAGAGAAAAUGGAAAGAGAUCGAAAGAAAAAAGAGCAUAGUCGCUGAAAUUCGCGCUCACCUUGAUUGUCUUACGGAAAAGCUACAAUCGAAACAGCGUGAACUGGCUGACGAAAACGACCGCAUGACCGACGGAUAUACAGCUCACUACAACAGCAAAGUGAAAACGAAAUUGACUGCUGACAUCGUGUUCAUUGAAUCGCAAAUCAAACAAUCUAAAAAGUCGCUGAAAAAGAAGCUUAUUCCUCCUCCUCCUCUCGUUCGACCACUGCCACCGCAGAAAGACCAUGCCAUCCAGAUCAUAUUCAUGCUGACCAUGCCUCGAAGUUUUGAGCUUCUCGGAAGUUUGUGCCUAAUUGCUCAACGAGCUCUUGCGCCAACAAAGCCAACAGCUGAAAUGGAGGCGUUUACAAGUUUGAGCAACACGACAUGGAAAGAAUUUUACUUUAAAAAUGCACCAUCUCAAGUGCUGCAUGCAACCACGUUGGAGUUCACAGCAACUCCUGGUGUAUCCUACCUUCCAGGGUGCAACCGUGUACAUACGAUAGACAGUCUUUCUAACAUCUCCCAGUUCAAGUCACAAUGCAUUUCAAACCCAAUUUUGUAUCGAACGAGGCUAAUGUGGAAAGACUCAACUGGAGUAGUUUUGAAUCCCUUUCACGCAACUCCAACCAGUGUGACCAACAGCUUUAUCGAAACAAUUCCACAACCAUUUGAAUCUUUUCAGUGGAUGAAUGCUUGGCCUGACGAAAAUAACGAACGGGGAAAUCUGGUUUACGCAAAUAUGCACCAGAAACCAGAAAGUUUUGAGAAAGUGUCGUUUAUUGCGCUUGGUUCUUUGCGUUCCUUUCCAAACCAACAGUUCCGGAAGCUGCAAUGUGCUUUACUGAGCGACAUAUUGCCAUGGUCACACAUCUGUGUGAAAAUCAUCGUGCGGCAGGCAUUGUAUCAAAUCGGAAGCCUUACGAAUGAGAUGGAACCCAAGUUCAUUUGGAAGACAGACAUGCUGCGCUGUCGAAAAGGGUUGGAAACGUUUUGUGCUACGCUUAGUUCUAUUGCUAAUCGACUAGAGCAUACACCCCGCUGUUUUGAGACCAUUCCACUUCUUAGUGAGCUGGCUGGGUAUCUGCAUCAAUUUACAGACGUCGCAAAGCCUCUUGUGCGAUUGUUUUCUAGAAUGGCAAGGCACUGGGCAGAAAAUUUACAUUUGGAAGAAGAAAGCGACCAAUCUUCCGAUCGAAUGGUCACUCUCCGUCAGAACAAGUGUAUUUUGUAUGGCUACGCGCUGCUAGCCUGUACAUUAGGACCACUGGACGAUGCAGCGUCUCGGGAAGUUUGCGAGCUGGUUGUAUUGUUUCGCACGUCUUUCUUGUGUGCUCGUAUCGUUUCCCCCGCUACUGAGCAUAUGCUUUGUGUUGAAAGUCAGAUUACUGAAAUAAUGACUCGACGGAUCGUAGAUUUGGUUUCAUACGUCGAAAAGAGCGGUAGAGGGCCUGUGCUAACAUCUCUGGUGAGUUUGAUAAGUCCGAUGUCGCCUGGUCAAUUGGAGUGGACGCAAGCUUGUGAACAACGACCUAAUGGAGAGAAAUUUGGAAGUUCUUUUGAAUCCCCAGGAGCUCUGUACGCUGUUAACCUCUGCACAGGCGUUGUUUUGGUAGAUGGAAACGCUCCUAGCGGAUUACCACCCGAAAUUCAGGAACACGAGAGAUUUCAGGCUCUUUUUGAACGCUGCAAUUUUGAAGUCUUUUCAAUCCGCGGCAUGUUCCAAUCUAAAUCCAUGUAUUGUGGGCGAUUGUACGAGUUUGCACUUCAAGAAGGUAACGAGCUUUUGGUUCAAGAGCUCUUCAUUAAUUCAUUGCGUCGUAUUAAAAGAACGCUACAGCUCUGCUCAGUCAGCUGGAUUGAAGCAUUAAGCGAACAAUUUCCAGCUCAAUUGUGGGAAUUGUACUCUCACUGGUAUUGGGUAGAGCAGAACUGUGUCCUCUUCCGACCAAAGGAGGCCAAACAUCGUGAGGUGUAUUUUAUUGCUACAUUUGAUGACAGCGAUACUUUGCAAUGCUAUAAAAUACCUUUUAACGACAUCAAGCGUCCGUACGACGAACUCAUGAGUGAUCUUACGGACUACGACCGGUUUGUUGCUCAAGAAGAAUCUCUUGUCGAUGUUCUUAGAGUGUUGACAAAGUUUGAGGAUGCACAGUUUCUUCAUUCAUUGAGAUCUUCUAAAGGCGUACUGAUGAUUGAGCUCCCUCGGUUCAAGCUGACGUUUUACCUCAACAGCAACAUGCAAUUUGAAUCUGUGGAGAACAAAGGCUAUAUCUUGGCAAAAACGCAGCAGUUUAACGAUUUUCUACCGAGGUUCAGGCGAUACCUGCUACUCGACCUGAAAGACAAGUCGGACAUAUCACGACCAGAACUGCGUAUGCUCGUUCCACUUGGUCUUGUCGAGGAAUCUUCGGAUGGUAUGGUUGAUAUCAGGAUUGAUAGUAAUGCGAGUACUCAACUGGAUGUGGCAUGUUAUGAUAUUCACCGCCGUUUGAAGACGUUUGAAACUGAGACGAUUGGUGCGAGAUUGCAGUUAGCUGCAGUGUGUGCUCGAGCUGGAACGAAUGUACCAAGCAAGCUACUGAACAUGACUGGCGAAGAGAUGACGGCACAAAUUUUACGAGCAUGUAGGUCAACUCGACCCUUUUCUGCCUCGGAAAGAGACGCCUUGCUGUCUAUCUACAAGUUGAGUUACCGCGAACCAGUGGUGAAAAUUCUGGUUGUAGCGUUGCUCACUGAGGCUGACCGGCAAGCGUUUCUCUUUGGACAAACGGAGACAAGCAGUACGAUUAAUACACAGAUGGGAAGCAGUGACGAGAAAACAGAGUACGCAGAUAUGUGUAUGAGGCAAGUCCAGCGCAACCCAUUGCGUGCACAACUUCGUAACGACGAGGAAAGAAUCAUUCUUGGACACGUGCGGCAUCUGUCAGCAUUGACUUCAACUAAAGAAGUUGAAUUGUCCGAUUCACUUCCAGUAACCGACGACUAUGUGAAGUCCAUCGAAAAAGAGCUUCAGUUUUUUCUUCAGAUUGAGGCUGACACAGCGAAAAAAGUCCCGCUACUACCGCUGGAUAGCAGUACGAAGAACACGAUGGGCAGAGAAAUGCUGCAAGAGCUGCAAGUGAGCUGGAAUAGCUACCACUCGCAGAUUGAGCCGAAAUUAAAGAAUGAGCCCGGCCUGCUACUCGGCUCGUUUGAGACGCUACUGAGUGAUGUAUCAUCUCAACGUGCAAAAAUGGAAACGUAUCUGUGGGAGUCCUAUACAAAGGCUACGAGCAGUACACGUGAUCGACUUCUAAGCCUUGCCAACUUUGUGCCGGUACUUACUGUAUGUGAUAUUGUCCGCUGUGGUUUUGACGAAGAAACACUACACACACUAGUGCCGAAGUUGAGUGAGAAAUCGAGAAAGGUGUUCUCACAAGGUAUUCUCCAGUACAUGGAGCUGUGUGUACUAGAAGAUAAAGUAAAGAGGCUGAUCUGGAUAGCGAGUCGCAGUGGUGAGCUAUCAGACGCUCAACUGAUUGACGAACUUGCGAACAUUCGUCAGUGGGAAUCGACGGAAUUUCCAUACUGGUUGGCGUUUGAAGUGGAGGGUAGACUUCAGAUUCGACACGAACAGUUUGUGAUUGCUCGCCACCUCAUUGAUCGCCCAGGAACAGUUUGCCAGCUUAACAUGGGGCGUGGUAAGACCAGAGUAAUCUUGCCGAUGCUGUUUCUCUAUUUCACGCGCCGUCGUUCCACGCGAGUUGUUCAUACUCGAAGACUCGAAUACAUCCGCGAUAAACUUCAAGAACUAAAGCUUUUUGGUGGCAUUCAAAUUGUAUCUCCAGCAGAUCGCAUGUCACUAGAACUGAAGCGUUUGGAGAUGGGCAAUGAUAAACCUAUGGUGGAGAUGCUGGACAAAAUCCUUGACAGCGACCAGUUUGUGGAUGUUAUGGACGAGUGUGAUGCACUGCUUCACCACAAGUAUCAUUUGGUGUAUACGUUGGGUACUUCAAAUCCACUUAGCAGCGCGGUUGAGAGGUGGACUGUUGCAGAGGCAUUAUUGCGAGUUAUUGCAGAUAAAUCGCUUAAUUCUCGAGUGGCAAAUGUGCUCGAGGCACCGCAUGUUUCGUGCUUCUCGCCAGACUACGCGUCUCGUUAUGGUGCUUAUACCGGAACUCGGCUUAACACCGUUGUAGAAAGCACUUCUCGCCUUCGGGACAAGCUAAAAACCGAACUGGUGCUAGAUCUCCGUAAUCACGCCCCAAUUGAAUUGAUGUGGCUCAAUGCAGUGAAUGGUGACGCUAUGGGAUCGCUGGUUACUGCUAUCACCGAUUCGAGUAUAAGUCUGCAGGAAGCACUUGGCGACCACAUCCCAAAUUUUAUACCCUAUCUUAGCCAGCUUAUAGCAAUGCGAGGUCUCGUAGCAUUUGGUGUGUUUGAACACUGCAUGGAGAAACGCUAUCGAGUUGAUUUUGGCCUUCCAGUUCCAGGCACACGACAGAAGAAAAUCGCAAUUCCUUUUCGUGCCGCGGAUGUGCCUUCGGAGCGAUCUGAAUUUAGCCACCCUGACGUCUGCAUCGUGCUCACACUACUUGCGUAUUAUCACAAUGGCAUGACAAAAGAAGAGAUUAAACAAACGUUUCAGCUACUGUUGCGGUUGGAUAUCUCGGAGCAGAAUCGACAAUACAAUGGAUGGUUUGAUAGUGUGAAGCUUGGCUUGAACAACGAUGAUCGGAUGGCUCUUUCUGAUGUCCGCCAUAUAAGUCUCGCCGAUGCUCGACAGUUUGAGAUGCUUUAUAGAGUCUACAAAUUCUGCAUGGAGGCGAUUAACUUUUACCUCAAUACGUGUGUAUUUCCAAUCGAUACUCAGCAGUAUCCACAACGGCUGUCACGAACGGCCUGGAACCUUGCAGCAGGCGACCACAAUAUUGGGUUCUCGGGUACUAACGACAAUCACCGUUUGCUUCCACUUUCAGUGACGCAAAAGGAGCCAAAUGAGCCUUCACUGCUGGGAACGAAUGGAAAGAUGAUUGACAAGAUUCUGCAGGUGACACACAGUUACGAGGUGGUAACAACGAAUCCAGAACGUGCACCAAUUCCAUGGCAAAGUGUUCUUCUCUUUGCACUGGACAAGAAAGCGCAGGCUCUUAUUGAUACAGGGGCGCUUCUUGCCGGAGUAAGUAAUAACGGCGCAGCAGAUUUUCUUUUGCAACAACCUGACUUUGACUUUGCUGGAGUGACAUACUUUGAUAGUAGAGGAGAUCUCAACUGCUGGAUGAUAGCCGAAAAAACUCGACGAAUCAAGGUGCCUUUGAAAAAAGCGUCGAUGCUCGAGAAGGAGACGUUUGUGAUCUUUGACGAAGCUCGCUCGCGAGGAUCCGACAUGAAGCUACUACCGAAUGCUGCUGCCGUACUGACACUUGGACCAAAACUUACGAAGGACAAAUUAAUGCAAGGAGCGGGACGAAUGCGGCAGCUUGGAUGUAACCAAACGCUAUGGAUUGCAAGUUUUGAUAAGGUUGCACAGAGUAUUCUUCAGACGAGUGGUCAGCAAAAACUAUCCUGUAUUUCUGCAAUUGAUGUGCUAAAUUGGGUCAUGGAUAACACGAAAGCAGAGGCUGUGCGUGGGCUGCUCGAGUGGGCAGGUAAUGGUAUACAUUUUCGCGAGACCCAGUUACACCAUGACAAAGAAUUGGUUGACGAGAAUUGGUCUUUGGAGACACUAUAUCAAGAGAAGGUGUAUGUCGAUCAAAUUGCUUGUCUUAUUGAGUCAAAGGCUCGGUUUGAGUUCGAAGGUGUUGACGACGAAUUGGUCUCGAAAAUAUGCCAUCGAGGUUUUGCUUACGGGCUUGAUGACGUAAUGCGUUUUACCUCGCAUAGCGGUGAAUGUCAGCGAGAGAUACAUGAGGAUGAAAAAAAGCAGCAAAAGGAAAAAAUCGAGACGGCUGAAAUUAAGCCUAUGAAAGAGGAGACCUGGGUCUACUCUAAGAUUCUACGAGCUCGGUCAGUGGAGGAUCUCCGCCACGUAGUACCAGUGGUGUCAAUUGAGAGCUACAUUCGACAACAGAUCUCCCCGGCAGCUUUAGGAGACUUGGCUUGGACUAGCACGAGCAUCUUUGGGACGAAAAAUUUCUUUGCGACGAUUGUAAUACCGGAAAAUGACAUGGACGGUAUGACCGAGUUUCUACGCGUGAUCGAUGUCUUGCUAGUAUUUGACAGUGGUCAAGUGCUGCUUGUGUCAGAGUGUGAGGCAGAUCACAUUUUAGAUUUAAUGUGGUCAUCCCAAUUCAACGCUUCCGCCACUUCUUUCGACUUGUCGUUCUGUUUCAUGAAUUUUGCCUUUGCGUGCGAAAGUAUUGAUCGCAUUGGGGCAUUGGGAAAUUUACGACGUAAUGGCACUUGGCUCCAAGCUAAAUAA